GUCUGUCACGAAUAGACAGCUUUGCUACAACGUACGAGUCGAUCAGAAUAAACAAGCAUAAUUUUAAAUUUUUGGAAGCGUACAUACAACAAAAUUUCAUCUGGUUAUACUUUCUCUCUUCCCUCCAAAGCAUAAUCUAUAACUCAGAGGCUUCUUAAUACCCUCUUAUCCCAUCUACUCAUAUAGUUAUACGUCUGCGAAAUGUUGAGGCUACACGACCUAUAUGGCCAAUCAUAUGCUCACGAGUUUCAGUUCACCAAUCCAGACUCCAUCAAGAACUCUGUUAAGCGCUACAACCAGCAGCGCGCUGCCGAACGGGACGAGAACAAGAAGGAACGAGAAAUACCUAAGGUGACCAAGCCACGUUUCUGCAAGAUGCGGAACACUGGCCGUGAUGUGCUCAGCAUGGUAACAUCGCGCGACCUGGAUAUCGAAACGCAGAUCUCUCUGCGACAACUCCCCGACACGCCUCGUAGCAGUGCGAGCGGCAGCACCAGCGUCAGCAGCUUGGACAAGAUCGGCAACGGCAACGAUCCCAUGCAGCACGCGAGCCGUUUGGCAGGCGGCGCAGAUGCAAUUGCCACGCCAGUCAAUAGCAACAAAUCCAAGAAGAUGCGCUCCCGCAAAGGGAAACGCGCAGCAGCCAAGCUGGAGCGGAUAGAGAUACCAGAUCUUUAUACAGCUCAUAUAGAGGGGUUGCAUCGACAGGUCUGCGCUGAGCUGGAAUUCAUGGGUCAUGUGCAGGCGGAACGACCCAAGCGCAAGUGCAAGCAACGGCGCCUGAAGCAGAAGUCACAGCCGCAGCCGCAGCCACAGCUACAGUCGCAAACGCAGAACCAACACCAACAGCAGUUGUCUAAGUCGAAGCAUUCAUCCAAUCCGAGAGCGCAAACCAACAGCCAACAUCAACAUCAACAUCAACGGAAGAAAAUACACAAGGAUCCGGAGCCCAACAUGAUACUGCAGCGCCUGCAGCAAGUGCUAAGCGAGGAUCAGACACCAAGAGCGAAGCAGUUGUCCUACUACACGACAAAGCAUCCGACACACUGGACAGAUAUUAUAUCAACGCCCAUCACACCGCAGUCAGCGCAGACGAAGGCUUACGAUCUGCUGAAUACGGCCAAUUCCGAUGCGUGCCUGUAUAUGAAACACCGACAGCGUGUCGAGCUGGAGCCAGAGCCGCUUGAGGACAGUGAUCUGGAGCAGGAAUAUGCGGACCGUCCCGACUAUAUGCGCUAUACGCAGCGCUUGCCGACCCACCAAAGUGAUCCGGAUAUGGCCGAUGGUGCUCGGCAUAGAGCCUGUUUCGUCGAGCUGGAGCCGCAUCCCAAUUGGAUCAGUUUGCAGCGCAGUCUGAAGCCAAUGCACUACACAUCCCAGCGAUCCGAUACGGACAGCAGCACGCUUUGCGAUCAGCAGGAAGGCAUCCUGAUGUCCGACAAUGGCCAGUCGAAAGCUAUCAUCGGUGACACCACCUUUCCGACUAUAUCGGCGAAAUCGAAAGCCAGAAAACACGAGUACAGCCGGCAGCAAUCACCAUCGGCUAGGCACAAGCAGUUGGCGUCCAAGUCGAUUAUCAAAAGCUCCAAGGGAACGCGACAGACGAAACGCAAGGCGACGCUGGUGCAGGAGCUGACAACUGGACAUAGGGCACGUCAGCCGGGAGGCGGCGACAGGAGUCCGCAAAGUGCUGCACUAGCGAUCUCCUUGAAGCAAUCGGAGCAGCCCCACUUGGAUGUUUCUAUGCCAACUCUGGUGCCGCGACGUCGCAAGGUACGCGCCGUCAUCUGCACUCGCUCACUGGAGAAUCUGAAGUACCAAAAGAUGUCCAUCUAUAACAAGAUCUCGUUGACGCAGGAGCGCAUCAUUUCGGCUCUGGACAAGCUGCAGUGCAGCCUGCUGCAACUGCCGCUGAUCCACACCUCCAGCCAGGAGAAGCAGCGACGCGAGCGCAAUGCAUUCAAUUUCUGUGUGAGAUUCUCGCGGAACUACCUGUAUCCACUGCGUGGCAUGAUCGAGGAUGUCCGCUGCACGCCUGUGGCGAACUUCAUUAGCGCCACCUCAAACGAGGCCAGCCAGCGGGUGGUGUGUGUCUACGGUCUGAUGCACCACUCAGUCGGCAGGUAUCAGCGGCAGGUGCGCUAUUUCCUGCUGGACAAGGUGCCGCAAAAGCUGAGCGCGCUCAUCGAAAUGAUGUACACGUUGACGAACGUCUGCCUGGAGAAGGGUGUGCUCGAUCGUCAGGAUCCGGUGGUGGAGUGCCUGCAGCAACGCUGCACCAGCUUCCUCACGUUCAUUGAGGACAUGCAGGAGCAGCGCUUCCAGCUGGCUCGCGAAUCCUACAGAGGUCUGCAGAGGCGUGGCUACGGCUACGGAUAUGGAUAUGGACAUGGCCUGGGACAUGCACAUUUGCAUGGACGUGGACAUGGCUCGGCUCGCCAGGAUAUGCACGAGCGAUACAAUCUCAAGAUGUGUCUCAACGACUUAAAGCUAUACGAGCCGCGUCUGGUGCCCAAGGAGCGCUGCGACAAGCGGCGCCCGCGCAUCUGGUUGCGUAAGCAAAAGAUGGCUACAGAACCGAUCACUGCCCCGUUGAUGCCUGGAAUCAUGUUGAGCCAGGGAUCAGAGAUGCCCCCAGAGCAGCCCAGCGAGUACGUGCCAACCCACAUCGAACGUGUCCAGUGUGGCGAUCACCGAGAAGAGCCAAGCAGCGAUCCCGAUGAACCUAACCAAAACCAACAGCUGUCGAAAAUAUUGGCACUUCUGCAGCAGCCCGGACAGGAGAAACGGGAACUCCAUCAGCAGCUACUGGAGGCCAUGGAGCAUGUGACCAAGUCGCAGGUGCGCGAGGUUCUCGAUCCACUCGUGCGCUCCCUGGGCGUCAUGUUGGAUAAGAAGUUUGCAGAUGAAGACCAAUGAGGAAUAGUCGCUGGCUGGACCCAAAAGACUCAAUAAAAUCUAUUUUGCACCUUUCGUUUUCGAUGAGCCAAAUUGUAAAGUUGUCGAUUAUAGUGCACAUGCAUGCGUAAUUAAAUGUUUCAAAUCGCUGUCGGAUCAAUAAAACGUUUC